AUGGAAACCCCUUCUGCCCCGCUGGCCGUGCCAGCUGUGUCUUCUUUGCGUAUCCAGCAGGCCACGCCCAUGGAAAGGACAAUGAGCCAGGAUAUCCGAAACGAGCGUGAGGAGCUUCGUGAGGCAGCAGAGCAGACCCUCAAUACCAUCGUCGACCUCAAUCUGGACGGAACCGUCAAAUGGGUCAGUCCAUCUUGGACUGAUGUCGUCGGUACUCCAUUCGAGUCCAUUAGUGGCAAGCCAAUGUCAGACCUCAUCACUAGUGAGAACAAGAACGUAUUUACCGACGUGGUCGUUUCGAUGAAAAAAGACGAUUCGAGGAGCUACAGGAUUCGAUUCGCAGUUCAACUUGGCCCUUUGUCCAAGUUACGAUACGAGGGUCAAGUCGAAGGAGAAGAGCGUGCAGCUGGGGAACCGGAGCCACAAACGGCUGAUCUUGAAGCUCAAGGCAUUAUGGUGUACGACAGUGCAUCCGGAGGAGAGAGCCAUACUAUGUGGAUGCUUCGUCCGUGGACGGCCCCUCAAGAAAUUCAAAUUGACUUGCCAGAUGUCAUUGUCGACUCCCUUGGAUCUGGUGCUGAAUUACUGGCCAGUUACCUUACACGGCUCGCUGAAUCUGGUGGGGACGAUUCGCAAACCCGGGAACCGCCCGCGCCGGUGCUAUGUCGGAUCUGUGAACGGCAAAUUUCUCCUUGGUGGUUUGAAAAACACACCGACUUGUGUCUACAAGAACAUCGUGCAGAGAUGGACGUCCAAUUGGCACAGGAGAAUCUGACGGAGCACCGGCACGCCAUUGUUAGGGUCCUGGAUGCACUGGAAGCUCGGAAAAGCCGUUCAAUGAUCGGAGAGCAGCAAACUGGACCGAUGGCAGAGUACAAGGGCAUGCCUAUUGGCCCAGCUCCGUCUGCCCAAUCUUCACCCGGUACCUCUUUAGUACGGUCUCGUGAGCGUACAGGUGGUUUCGGGCAUGCCAGGACUAGGUCGUUUGCUAUACGCCGGCCCCAAGCCCGCAUAGUAGAGUUGCUUAUGGAUUUGUGUGAUACUGCCAUCGAAAUAAGCACUCCAGCCAUGAAGGAGAUGUCUCAGCAGGACGAUGGAGACUUACGCACUCAAUCUCCGCAGUCAGAGUCCAGAAUAUCGCAAGUCUUGCAAUGGCAGUCGCCGAGCACGAACACACUGGAGCAGGAACAAGGCUUGGCACUAUUAUGCUCAGAUACAGAGAAGGUGGCGAGGUUGAAGGUUGAUGCUGUGUUCCGUCAUCGCAGAAUUAUUGAAUAUGCUGAGCGUAUACGUAUCGAGAUGGCAGUACUGGUGCAAGACUGUAUCGACGAAGCGAUGAGAAAGGCCGCGCGGAUUGCGGCUGGUCGUUUGAGCGACUCAACUGAGGACGAGACCGAGGAGGACUUGCAAGCAGACAACGUUGAGGAAGACGGGGGCCAGGUCGAGGUCAGUGAAGAACCUCGUGGACGCUCAGCUGAUGAGGUAUCAAGGCAGUCGGUUUCCAGCCCUUCUGCCUUGGCGGCGGCCUUGCGUCAAAUGGACAUCUCCUCUGGCGGCUUGAUUCGAUCUCGUCCCGCUUCCUUCAUCGCAUCAACCAGGUCUAGCAGUCCCAAGGAAUGUCCCACGCCACGGUCCACAGUUGAUAGUGGCUCAAUACCGGCUGUGCAUGCUCGUCAUGCCAGGAGAGGCUCGUCCCUGUUAUACGAAGCCGAGUUUGCUGAGGGGAACGGAAGUCGACGAUCGUCAUCUGUGGCCUCCCUCAAUGCACCCCGAACGGAAUCACCGAUAUCCGAGUUCGGCGAUCUCAGGCGUGCUGCAAGCACCCGUCAUCAUCACCGAAGAAGCCUUGUCAUACCCGGGACAUCGUCACCCCGACGGCAGGAAUCGCCGUCCCGUUCUGCUCAACCUUCCUCGCCGUUGCGUAUCAAGCCACGCGUCAUACCCUAUCAAGAAGGACUAGCAUCACCUGAAGCAUCACCUAUGUUUCCUACGAGUGAAUUCAGCUCACCCGUUUCUCAUUCGGUACGCCAUCACAGACGCCAAUCAUCAGCAGCUAUAUCGGAUUUCGUCAUGCGAGCGCCACCGUCGCCUCGUCUAGGCGCAACGCAAGCACCACCGCAAGCUCGCGCCGCCCAGCCGUCUAUUAAAGACUUUGAGAUCAUUAAGCCGAUUAGUAAAGGUGCGUUCGGUAGCGUUUAUCUCUCGAAGAAGAAAUCAACUGGGGAAUACUUCGCCAUUAAAGUCCUGAAAAAGGCGGAUAUGGUGGCCAAGAAUCAAGUGGGCAACGUCAAGGCAGAGCGUGCAAUUAUGAUGUGGCAGGGACAAAGUGACUUUGUUGCCAAGCUAUACUGGACCUUUUCAAGCAAGGAUUAUCUCUACCUGGUUAUGGAAUACCUCAAUGGAGGCGAUUGCGCAUCUCUAAUCAAAGUACUCGGCGGCCUACCGGAGGAAUGGGUCAAGAAGUAUCUUGGUGAAGUUGUUCUGGGUGUUGAGCACCUUCACGAGAGAGACAUCAUUCAUCGUGAUCUGAAGCCAGAUAACUUGCUCAUUGAUCCAAAGGGUCAUCUAAAGCUGACGGAUUUUGGUUUGUCCCGAAUGGGGUUGGUUGGCAGACAAAAGCGCGCGCUGAAUAGCGAGACGACGGAUACAACGCCAGACUUGCUUAGGCAGGGACCCUUUGCUAGAUCUACAUCCAUGGCUUCUUCUCGAUCGACCUCCCUAGACUUGCACGGACACCCUCAUUCUCCCACGGGAACACCUAUGAUGACCCCAGACGUGGGCAGCGUUGUACAGCCAUCGUAUUUCAGCCUCGCAUCAUCUAUGCCACCAGAGAAUCGCAGGGUAUCCAGCAGCCGUAGGAGCGAUAGCGGUGGCAGUGAGUCUCUGGCUCAUCUGCUAACAUCAUUCUCUCUGGCUGACUCCGACCCUGGAUCUCAAUUGCUGAGUGCAAAAACGCCCAUUACGGAUGAUGAAGUUGUCAUUCAUGGAUCACCGGAUAUGAUUGCAAGCCAGCCCAACAUUAGAGCCAGCGUGGACGGCCAUUCCCGUAACUCCCUCCCGCCGUCGAACAUGAUGCCGCCGCCGAUGGCCCUGUUCGACCCCGAGGACACGAAUCGGCGCUUCGUUGGGACUCCAGACUACUUGGCGCCAGAGACAAUCAAUGGGGACAAGCAAGACGAAACUAGCGAUUGGUGGUCAGUCGGGUGUAUCAUGUUCGAGUUCUUGUUCGGCAUACCGCCCUUCCACGCCAGCGAAGCCGAGAAAGUAUUCGAUAAUAUUCUAGCACGAAAAAUCCAGUGGCCAGACGAGACCGUUUGUGAGCCCGUCUCAGAGGAAGCUAAAGAUCUCAUCAAUAAGCUACUGUGCAUGGAUCCUAAGGAACGGCUAGGAGCUAAUCGUGACGAAAAAUUCUCUUCCGGAGGAGAAGAAAUCCGAAGCCAUCCCUGGUUUGAAGGUAUCAACUGGGACCGUCUGCUGGAAGACGAGGCGCAAUUUGUCCCUCAGCCAGAGAAUCCUGAGGACACAGAAUACUUUGAUGCCAGAGGUGCUGUCUUGCAAUCAUUUGCAGAGGAAAUGGAAGACCAAAUGUCUCCACAAUCUUCCGCUGGUGGGCUUGAGUAUCCUGAUCGACCGCACGAUGCUCUUUCGCGAGUCCGAUCCCAAGUGAAUUCACUCAACCGCAAGUUGAUGCCGCUACAUAUCCCACCUCAUGUUCGCGAUCUCAAGUCAAGAAGGUUGAGCGAACCAGUAGCGACGGAUGACUUUGGCUCUUUCACUUUCAAGAACCUCCCAGUCCUUGAGAAGGCAAACAAGGACGUCAUCCAAAAGCUGAGGGCCGAUGCAAUGGCUUCACAACACAAGCAAUCUGCCAUUAGCCCCGGAGGAGUCACAAAUGUAGCCUCACCAGCCCCAUCUCUAGAUGGCAGUCCGGUUCUGGCUACACAUCUACACCGAUCGAUUUCGAAUGCCAAGGCAGGAAAUCGGCCGCAGUCUCCAUCGGGGUACAGUCACUCCAAUUCAUCGCCUAGCCGAGUUUCUCAGCCAUCAUCGCCUCUACUUGUCUCAUUUGUAGCCGGCCAAGGAGCAGAGGGUCGGCGGAAGGCAUCCAGCAACUCUUCAAGUCUUUCGCAUCAGUCAGGGCCACCAUCACUGCAACCUCAUUCUUCUCUUGAUGUGCCUAAGGUGCCGCCAAGCUUGCAGAAGGCCGCAACCACAGCCGCUGCAUCUCCCAUCAAGGGUCGCGGAUCGGCUCCGCCACCACUGGCUCUAUCCCCGCAGAAGCUCAUGUGCACACCGCGACAAAACAGCGGCUCGACGACAAGGUCCAGGUCGUUGACUGUAGGGUCACAGGAAGCUAGUCCUAUAUCAUCCGAUGUUCUUCAGCAUCAUCGCAAUCGGAGGAGCCAAGUGUUUGACAUGUCUCCCUCUUCAUCGGAUAACGAGGGCGACAAGCACAAUGCUUUGCUACGAGUACAAAGGCGCAGGCAAAGUUCACGGCGGCUUUCCCAAAUUGCCUUCGACAGUGGCCCUAGCUUCAGGCCUCUUGACGUUUUAAUCUGCGAAGAUCACCCUGUGUCGAGAAUGGUGAUGGAAAAGUUAUUGGAGAAACUCCGUUGUCGGACAAUAUCAGUAGCAAACGGCUCCGAGGCCGUUCGCUUCUCCAUGAGCGAAAUUCAGUUCGACGUUAUUUUCCUGGAGUACAAGUUGCCCCAGAUCAGCGGCGCCGACGUGGCACGAAUGAUUCGGGAGACCAAAAAUGCGAAUUCUCAUACCCCUAUCGUGGCAAUCACUGCAUAUCUUAAGGAGCUACAGGCGCCACACUACUUUGAUUCUUUGAUCGAGAAGCCAAUCAGCUCUUCCAAGCUGGCCGAGGUCCUACGGAGCCUGUGUCAGUGGCGUCCAGCCUCGCCGAACCGGAUAACUUCAGGGCCUCUUCCCCACCCUAUGCCCACUGGUCUCAAAAAGACCAAAUCAAGGGCCGAUGACAGCCCAACGUCAAGCCUGUCUGCUUUCCCGGGACGGCAUUCAUCUGCAAUAAUAUCUAGCCGAGAAGACUCCAUCAACUCGAGCAUAUUUGGGGACUCGGAGUCUGUCACAACGGACGAUGUUCCAGUCGUCAUCAGCCGCAAAGCAACAAGCGAAUGGGAGGAAGGGGGUCUCGGCAUCACGGAAUUUGAUAUCGUUUCAGCUGCAGACGGUCCUCCCAAGGCAGUGCCGCCCUUACUAGCCCAACAAUCAGCGCCAGGACAAAUGGAACACCUUCGCCGAGGUGACCGGAUCAGGCCGAGAAGGGAAAGCAGCGACAAGAAAGGAGUCGAAGCAACCGACUCGGCAGACGAUGAGGACGAAGAGACGGGCAAUUCCAAGGGAAAUCACCAACGGCGAAGCAGCAAACCAUUGCAGGGUAAAUCAACCCUGCCCAGCUCAAAAUUGGCCAUCGAAAUGAUGCGUGCAGACAGUCAUGAUAGCGUGACGUUCGGGUCUGAGAGCACCCCCGAAGCGGUAACACAAGUGGCAACAACACCAUCCCAAGAAAUGGGCACUCCUAUUCUGGCUGCAGUCGAGGGGGGAGCGACGGUCACUCCAGCAAACAGUCAGGCUAUUACCACUCCAGCAGGGAAGCAGGGCGGAAAGGAACCGACCGACAUGGCAGUUCCAGAAUGUGCCGAUGGCACACCACGACCACUGACGUUUGCACCCCCUGCCACGGAGCCGGGCCCGGUGGACUCUUCCAAAGAGGCUACACCACGACCUGGCGGGACAUGA